AUGUCUCUCGAAGGUUACGGUCAAUUUCCUGCUGGGCAGCCAGAGGGUGCACCUGGACAACCACCUUCUCAAAAUGGUGGUGCUCCUGGUCAACCCACCGACCAAUCUGGUGCUCCUCAGAUGCAGUUUGCUGGUCAGGAUGGUCAAGGUAUGGCUUCGCCAGGUGCCAGUCAGGAAGGAAAGACCACACUAUGGAUGGGUGAGCUUGAGCCAUGGGUCGACGAGAACUUCAUCCGCAAUCUUUGGUUCCAGAUGGGCGAACAAGUUUCUGUUAAGAUGAUUCGAGACAAAUUCUCUGGUAGUAAUGCUGGAUAUUGCUUCGUUGAUUUCUCUUCUCCUGGCGCUGCUGCCAAGGCUCUGAAUCUUAACGGGCAACAGAUGCCAAACUCUCAGCGACCAUUCAAGCUAAAUUGGGCUUCUGGUGGUGGACUUGCUGAUCGAAGAGAUGACCGCGGCCCUGAGUACAGCAUUUUCGUCGGCGAUCUGGGCCCUGAGGUCAACGAAUAUGUCCUAGUAUCUCUGUUCCAGAGCCGAUUCCCAUCAUGCAAGUCCGCCAAGAUCAUGACAGACCCCCUUUCUGGCAUGUCGCGAGGCUAUGGAUUUGUCCGCUUCUCUGACGAAUCAGAUCAGCAACGUGCUCUCAGCGAAAUGCAGGGUGUCUACUGCGGCAACCGACCUAUGCGCAUCUCUACUGCCACCCCGAAGAACAAAGGUGGUCCUUCCAACAUGGGUCCUCCUAUGAACAUGCCAGGUGGUGGCCACAACCAGAACAUGGGCUACCCUCCUCAGCAGCAGCCAAAUAUGGGCUAUCCGCCAAUGGGUGGUGCCUAUGGCGGUCCUCAGCCCAUGAACCAGUUCACUGAUCCUAACAACACCACUGUCUUCGUUGGUGGUCUGUCCGGCUACGUCACCGAAGAUGAACUACGAUCCUUCUUCCAGGGAUUUGGCGAGAUAACAUAUGUCAAGAUUCCACCAGGAAAGGGUUGCGGUUUCGUACAAUUCGUGCAACGCCAUGCUGCUGAGAUGGCCAUCAAUCAGAUGCAAGGCUAUCCCAUCGGCAACUCUCGUGUCCGGCUUAGCUGGGGCCGAUCCCAGAACAACUCUGGUCCUGCAGGUACUCCUUACAGACCUGCUCCUCCACCUCCUGUCUACCCAAUGGGUAUGCCACCAAAUGGAGGAUUCGGUGGCUUUCAAGGCUACCCUCCCAUGAAGGUUAGUAACCCUCCGAUUUACUCUAGGCUUCGCUAA